UACAAAACAAUGUAAAUUUAAAGUCAUGCAUGUGUGCCACUGGAUUUAAUUAAAAAACCAAUAUGUCUACACUGUUAAAGCUGUAUCUUAAGGUGGUGUUAAGUAGAGUUUCACUAGAUGGAACAACAGAGAGAACUGAAGCCGCAGCAGCAGCAGUUUGUCGAGUCACUUCCUGAACCGAUGGUUUCCUCUGCGACCGCCUGCAGCUGCAGCUGCUGCUGCUGCUGCUGGUGCCUCUGCUGUGUGUUGUAGAAAAUCGGUACUAAUCAACAUAAAUGAUGCGGAGAAGCUGAGAAGCUGAGUCUAGGAUUUUCAGAGGUGAGAAGAUCCUACAGUUACUUUACUGUGAUCAGAUCUGUGACCGGUGCCUGUCUGUCAAACUGAAAGUAAGACGCUGAAGGUCAUUCAGGUCAAAUCUUAUCAGUCCAGAAGUGUGUGAACUGUGAGAAUGGCACUGAUAUUUGUGGUCACUGCUAUCGUGAUUAUCGUGUAUGUGUGUUCGGGGGAUUGGGCGCGGGGGUGCUGUGGGGUUACAUGUAGAGAUAACUGAAACAAGCCUUUUUAAACAAGUUAAAGUUAACUGACAGCAAAGUCUGAAAACACAGGAGUUGCUGGUCCAACGCUGCCUUGUGUGUUUGGUCACGUUAUAUGAGAAUUACUGACAAGUAAAACAUGAACUGAGAUUCAGACUCUGCAUCAUUUAAGUCAGUGGCCUGUGGUACAGUUGUCACCUCCACCAUUCUUAUCAGCCUGCUGCAGAGUUACGACGCAUAGAAUAAAGCUGGCGGAACCGGAGGAGUCCAGUAUGAGGUCAGAGGAGUCCAGGACGAGGUCAGAGGAGUCCAGCAUGUCUCCUGAUCUCACACAGUCCUGGGAGUCAGAGCUGACCUCCAUCCAACACUCACUGAAGUUCGUGUUGAAGCUGAAGGAGGAGUUUGUUUGUCCGGUCUGCAGAGGAGUCGUCCUCAAUGCCCAGCAGAACUCUUGUGGACACAUCUACUGCUUCCACUGUCUUCAAGGACUAGUGGACAGCUCGUCUUCAUCCAUACCAGUGUGUCCAGUCGACGGCCAGUUGAUCUCUCGAGCCGAGGUUUUCCAAGACAACUGCUGCAAACGCGAAAUUGCCAGUUUGGAGGUUUUCUGCACCAACUCUCCAGCAUGCACCGCCGUCACUACGUUACACGGACUACAGGAACACUUGAGUCAAUGUCAGUAUGAGCAGCAGCAGUGCACCAGUGCAGGCUGCACGGUGCGCGUGGACUCGUUCUCACACCGUGGACAACCGCAGCAUUCCAGGGUCCUGCAGGAUCAUGUGCACAGCUCUUGUCCAGAUGUGGAGGUGGAGUGUCGCGAUAACUGCUCCCAAAGGAUUCCCAGACACAAGCUGACGGAUCAUAAAGAGUCUUGUCCUGAGGUCCACGUAGACUGUUUCUACAAGACGUUUGGCUGCUCCUUACAGGGUAAACGAUGCAACAUGAAGCUGCAUGAAGAAACGGCUGUCCAUCAUCACAUGAUGCUGGUCCUAAAGAGCAGCAUGGACCUGGAAGAACAGGUCGAGGAUCUCCAGAGGGAGGCGCUCCUGAAGCAGUAUGAGGUUCAGAAUGACAGUUUACUCCUCAAUGGCCUGGAGGAAACAAUGCAACCAAGCAGCUGCCAAAAGAACAGCCUCUUUACAACUCAGAGGACACUGAGCAGGCAGGACGACAUCUUGUCCACUAUCAACCUGGACGUCCAGCAGGUGUCUCGAGGACUUCCUGACGUGAUGGAGCUGGAGCAGCUAAAACAGUCUGUAAACAGUGUGAUGCAGGAAGUGUCGACAGCAGAAGCCAUCAAAGAACAUUUGGGAAAUGUUGAGAAGAAUCUCAAACGUCAGCUAGGGCUUCUAGAUCUCCACGCCACUCAGUUAUAUCUUAACCAGCAACGGCUGCAAGAGCUCGAGGCACUGUCUUAUGACGGCAGGUUGAUCUGGAAGAUCCAGAACUUCAGGAAGAGGAGGAACACAGAAGACCUGUCGUGUCUGAGCAGUGUGCCUUUCCACGUUGGCCGCUGUGGCUACAAAAUGGCCAUCAAAGUCUACCUGAAUGGAGAUGGUGAGGGCAGAGGAACUCACCUGUCACUUUAUGUGGUCCUGAUGCCUGGAGACUUUGACGAGCUGUUGCUGUGGCCUUUUAGACAAACCGUGUCCCUGUCCAUCCUCGAUCAAAGCGGUGCCAGAAACCACCACAGCCUCAGCUUCAGGCCAGAUCCUGCAUCCAGAAGCUUCUUCCGACCCGACCCCAAGUCUGUCGGUAACCUAGCAGUUGGGUUUUCCUGCUUUUGUCCCCUUAAUCAGCUGGAAGCAGGAAAGAACGCCAUCUAUGUCAGAGACGACACACUGUUUGUCAAGGCCAAAGUGGACAUGUCGGGUUUAGAGCACCUCUAAGAUUUUAUUCUGUUGACAUUAAUAAUAAAGUUGAAAUGCUAAUGUUUAAAUAUGUUACAGCAGAUAGAUUAAAUAUAUUAAAAGUAGUUAGUAAC